GAGUCAAAUCUGAAUUUAAACGGCGAGUGAAGCAGACUCACGUUUAACUGUAGCGAAACCACUCGUGUAGAGUUGUGUACUUCGUUCUGCGGGCUUUUGCUGGCUUCGAAGGAUUGUUAUGUAGUUCCGGAACCGCUCAGUGUGGAAAUUUUCACGCACACAAUGGUUUAACUCCGCUGGUUUGUCACAGAGAUGGCUUGCCGACUUUAGCAACUGAAAAACACGCAGCUGUGAAACGGUUCGAGUCCAGGUGAGGAGACCAUGACGCUCGCCCCGAAGGAGCUGUCCAACCUGCUGAGCAUCAUCUCGGAGGAGGCUUGCACCAACACCUUCGAGAGCCUCUCCACGCACUUCCACCACUACUUCGGCAAGGCGGAGCACUUCAGGGUGGGCUCGGUGCUGGUCAUGCUCCUGCAGCAGCCGGACCUGCUGCCCAGCUCCCCGCAGCGUCUUACCGCCCUCUACCUGCUCUGGGAGAUGUACCGCACCGAGCCGCUGGCCGCCAACCCGUUCGCCGCCGUGUUCGCCCACCUGCUGAACCCGGCGCCGGCCGGAGAGGAACCGGAGAAGGUGUUGUCAGGCUUCCUUCCUCCCAUCACCCAGCCUGAGAAGUUCUUCCUGUCCCAGCUGAUGUUGGCGCCGCCCAGGGAUCUGUUCAAGAAGACGCCCAGACAGGUGUCCUGCAUGGACGUCGGCAACAUGCCUCAGACGAUAGACAUCAGCGGGCUGCAGCUGGCCUUAGCAGAGCGUCAGUCCGAGCUGCCGACUCAGAGCAAAGCCAGCUUCCCCAGCAUCCUGAACGACCCGGACCCGGACUCCUCCAACUCGGGCUUCGACAGCUCCGUGGCCAAUCAGAUCACAGAGUCCCUGGUCACGGGGCCGAGGCCUCCUCUGGAGAGUCACUUCCGGCCCGAGUUCAUCCGGCCGCCGCCGCCGCUCCACGUGUGCGAGGACGAGCUGGCGUGGCUGAACCCGACCGAGCCGGACCACGGCAUCCAGUGGGACCGGUCCAUGUGCGUGAAGAACAGCACCGGCGUGGAGAUCAAACGCAUCAUGUCCAAGGCCUUCAAGAGCCCGCUGUCGGCCCAGCAGCAGUCACAGCUGCUGGCGGAGCUGGAGAAGGACCCGAAGCUGGUCUAUCACAUCGGCCUGUCGCCGGCGAAGCUGCCCGACCUGGUGGAGAACAACCCGCUGGUGGCCAUCGAGAUGCUGCUGAAGCUGAUGCAGAGCAGCCAGAUCACCGAGUACUUCUCCGUGCUGGUCAACAUGGACAUGUCGCUGCACUCCAUGGAGGUCGUCAACAGGUUGACCACAGCUGUGGAUUUGCCUCCAGAGUUCAUCCACCUCUACAUCUCCAACUGCAUCUCCACCUGUGAGCAGAUCAAAGACAAAUACAUGCAGAACCGCCUGGUCCGCCUGGUGUGCGUCUUCCUCCAGUCGCUGAUCCGCAACAAGAUCAUCAACGUCCAGGACCUGUUCAUCGAGGUCCAGGCCUUCUGCAUCGAGUUCAGCCGCAUCCGCGAAGCCGCCGGCCUCUUCCGCCUCCUCAAGACCCUGGACACCGGAGAAAACCCGGCCGAGGCCAAACCCGCCAAAUAGCCGUCCUCACCGAGACGCCGGGACGAGUUACCAGAAUCAAGCUGACCGCCUUUAAAGAAGCGUCUGGAUGGUUGGGUUCAGCAGAAACACUCUUCAUGCAGAAACUGGUGUGAAAUACGGGAGUGCGUAUUGUAAAUAGGUGGUGGUCGGGUUCCCCUCAGACUUCUCGAAAUCUUCUCGCUCGCCGCCCACCGUCCUCAGAACUUUGUCAGCAUUUUCUCCUUUUACUUUUUCCCGAAGUAAAAAUGAAGUCAUCAUUUGGGUUUUUCACCAGCAUUCUUCCCUUUGGAACCGAAACCUUGUGAGUUUAAUUAAACCGGUUGUUUAAUUGAG